ACCUUUGAAGGGGAUCCUUUGAACGAGCAGGACAUCUUCUGGAAACCACAGAGAGUUCUCUCCUCAGCCUGCCUGCAUUGACUUGGGGACGAUGUGGGCCCACACAUUGUGGACAAUCCUCCUACUCUGCAAAUUCAGCCUGGCAGUUUUACCAGCUAAGCCUGAGAACAUUUCCUGUGUCUUCUACUAUGAGGAGAAUUUUACUUGCACCUGGAGUCCAGAGAAGGAAGCUGGUUAUACAUGGUAUAAAGUGAAGAGAACUUACUCUUAUGGAUAUAAAAGUGAUAUUUGUCUAAAUGAUAAUUCUACAAGAGCAAAUCAUGCUUCUUGCUCCUUUCUUCCUCCAACAAUAACAAACCCAGAUAAUUACACCAUUCAAGUGGAAGCUCAAAAUGCAGAUGGUAUAAUAAAAUCUGAUAUAACACAUUGGAGCUUAGAUGCCAUAACGAAAAUGGAACCACCUGAGAUUUUCAGUGUGAAACCACUUUUGGGCAUCAAACGAAUGGUUCAAAUAAAAUGGAUAAGGCCUGUGUUGGCUCCUGUUUCAUCUGCUUUAAAAUACACACUUCGAUUCAGAACAGUAAAUAGUGCCUACUGGAUGGAAGUCAACUUCACCAAAGAGGAUAUUGAUAGAGAUGAAACCUACAAUCUCACAGGGCUGCAGGCUUUUACAGUGUAUGUCAUAGCUCUGCGAUGUACCACUAAGGAGUCCAUGUUCUGGAGUGCUUGGAGCCAAGAAAAAAUGGGAACAACUGAGGAAGAAGCUCCAUAUGGCUUGGAUCUGUGGAGAGUCCUGAGAUCCCCCAUGGUAGAUGGAAGAAGGCUAGUGCGGUUGAUGUGGAAGAAGACAAGUGGAGCCCCAGUCCUGGAGAAGGCACUUGGCUACAACAUAUGGUACUUUCCAGAAAACAGUACUAACUUCACAGAGACAUUGAACACCACUAAUGAGAUGCUUGAACUAUAUCUGGAAGGCAAGACCUAUUGGGUUUGUGUGGUUUCUUAUAAUUCUCUUGGGGAAUCUCCAGUGGCCACCCUGAGGAUUCCAGCUACUGAUGAAAAGUCAUUUCACUGCAUUGAGGCCAUGCAGGCCUGCCUCACUCAGGACCACCUGGUGGUGGAGUGGCGAAGCUCUGCUCCAGCAGUAGACACGUGGAUGGUUGAGUGGUUCCCAGAUUUGGACGUAGAGCCCUCCACUAUUUCCUGGGAAUCUGUGUCUCAGGCCACAAACUGGACAAUCCGGCAAGAUGAAUUAAAACCUUUAUGGUGCUAUAACAUCUCUGUAUAUCCAGUGUUGGGAGAUCGAGUGGGCAAACCAUUUUCUAUCCAGGCUUAUGUCAGAGAAGGCAUUCCAUCAGAAGGCCCUGUGACCCAGGCAGACAACAUUGGUGUGAGGACAGUCACAAUCAAAUGGAAAGAGAUUCCCAAGAGUCAGAGAAAUGGUUUCAUCACCAACUACACCAUAUUUUAUCAAGCUGAAGAUGGAAAGGAAUUCUCCAAGACAGUCAACUCCAACAUCCUCCAGUAUGACCUGGAGUCCCUGACUCGAAAGACUUCUUACAGUCUUCAAGUCAUGGCCAGUACGAGUGCUGGGGGAACCAACAGCAGCAAGAUAAACUUCAAGACAUUGUCAAUCAGUGUCCUUGAGAUUUUCUUUAUAACUUCUUUGGUUGGAGGUGGCCUUCUUAUUCUCAUCAUCAUGACAGUGGCAUAUGGUCUCAAAAGACCCAACAAAUUGAAGCACCUGUGUUGGCCCCAUGUCCCCAACCCUGCUGAAAGCAGUAUAGCCAAAUGGCGUGGAGAUGAUUUCAAGGAUAAGAUAAAUUUGAAGGGAUCCAAGGACCUUGUGAACAUGGAAGAAGACAGAGUUCUAAAACCAUGUUUUGCCCCUAGUGACCUUAUUGACAAGUUGGUGGUGAACUUUGAGAAUUUUCUGGAAGAAGUUUCCACAGAGGAACUUGGAAAGGGUCAGGAAAACAUUUUGAGAGAGGAGAAGAAUGAGUAUGUGACUUCUCCAUAUCGACUUUAUUGUCCUCCCAUUUCAACUGAGAUUCCACAGAGAAAAUCCCGACAGUUGUGUUCUAGAAUACCAGAGGGGAUUGGCUUAGAAAGCAAAGAACAGCUUUUUUCUUCUGUUCAGAGUUUAGGGCUGGACCAUCUCUGUGAAGGGGAACCUAAUCCAUACUUGAAAAAUUCAGUGACAACCAGAGAAUUUCUCACGUCUGAAAAACGUCCAGAGCAAAUCAAAAGGGAAGUCUAAUUGUUGCUGUGGCUUGAAUCCCCCUUGGUCUCAGUGUGGGUCAC